AUUCGACAGUUAGUUACACAGUCAUAUUUCGAUGCAAAUGGCAAAAUUUUGGAGUAUUGGAAGUGUUCGUUAAGAAGUGAAAAUAAUAUCUAAAAGUGAAAGGAAGUUAAAAAUUUAAGUGUUUGCUUACAAAGCAGUAAAAUAAAGUACUUUUUUUGUUUUUGAAUCGAUUAUUUCGAUCGUUUUGUGACCUCAACUUUACGCAGAUACAGUGCACAAUGCGAUAUAAGGAUAUUUUGUCUGAUGACGUUACCGACAGCGACAAUGAAAGUAACGUCGAAAACGACGUAGAAAACAUUGAGAUGUAUGGUGCAACCGGUGCGACAGAAGCAUCAACAACCACCGUCGACUUACAGCCUGGACAAGAAACCGUGAUUGAAGAAAAAUCUGAGUGUACCAUUCAAAAUGAGGAGGUUGACGAAGAUACAAAUGUUGCAAAGACUGGGACCGAAGCAACUUUGGACCAACAGUUAUGCAUCGAUACAUCGAAGUCCGCGGAUACUAACAAGUUACAUUUCGUUGUAGAUCAAAUAGAACCACCAGAAAGCGACAAAAGCGAAGUCAAGCUUCCCGCCCUUGAGUUGGGAUGUAUUAUACAAAUAAACAACACAGGACAAGAAACCGUGAUCGAAGAAAAAUCUGAGUGCACUAUUCAAAAUGAGGAGGUUGACAAAAUUACAAAUGUGGCAAGGACUGGUACCGAAGCAACUUUGGACCAACAGUUAUACAUCGAUCCAUCGAAGUCCGCGGAUACUAACAAGUUACAUCUCGUUGUAGAUCAAAUAGAACCACCAGAAAGCGACAAAAGCGAAGUCAAGCUUCCCGCCCUUGAGUUGGGAUGUAUUAUACAAAUAAACAACACAGGACAAGAAACCGUGAUUGAAGAAAAAUCUGAAUGCACUAUUCAAAAUGAGGAGGUUGACAAAAAUACAAAUGUGGCAAGGACUGGUACCGAAGCAACUUUGGACCAACAGUUAUACAUCGAUCCAUCGAAGUCCGCGGAUACUAACAAGUUACAUCUCGUUGUAGAUCAAAUAGAACCACCAGAAAGCGACAAAAGCGAAGUCAAGCUUCCCGCCCUUGAGUUGGGAUGUAUUAUACAAAUAAACAACACAGCUCAGAGAAAAAGUUGCUUGAAAAACGUUGGAAAGCUGCUAUGUGAAGAUAAUAUUCAAUACAUCAAGCGUAAACAGAUUGAUCGAUGGAGUAAAGUAUUACCAUAUUCUGGCAAAUUUCGCUCGAAAGGUGUAGAAUACAAGCUACACAGUGAUGGCUGUCUUCUCACAUCGAACAAUGAUUAUGUGGCCGUUGUUUCUUUAGCGAUUCUAGAUAAACUAGAUUUGGCAGACAAUUUCAAUGCUGCAAAAUGCAUUUUAUUACGAAAUUUGAAAAUCGUCAAUGUUUUACUAGACGAACAAAGUCAAAAAAGCAUUGACGCUCAGGAGUACCUACAAACCUGUUUGAAUGAAAUGUGCGAAAAAACUUCAACAAAUAUUCAACAUGCUGAGGACCUUUUUCAAUUGGUUCAAAUAACAAGUCGUGGUUCAAAGAAUAUCUUAGCAGCAAUCAACGUUAACUGGUUUAUUUCUCAACAAUUGAAAACCGCCAUCCAGGAAUAUGCAAAAAUGAAGGCCAGUUUGGCUAAGCGUGUUUCUUUCUUCAGCACACUGAAAUCGUUUUUUAAGCGCAGUGAUAUUGUGGAUCUGCCUGAUAUCCUAGCUAGUGCCGUUGAAAAAGGAAUUGCACUACACCGAGAAAGAUUAAACGAAAAAUGUCUUCCGUCAAUGAAAACAGAUCUAAACUCUCUCAAAAAUAAGCAAAUUUUGUUUGUGACAUCGCGCGACCUAUGUUUGAUUUCCGAUCUUGCUAAUUUAUUAAACUCUACUGACUUUGCGCCGGCUGUUGCAACUAUCUCCGAUAGAUUUAUUAAAAAGGUGACACAAAUGAACACCAAUAGUUUGAAAGGAGUUGUUCCAAUUACUAAUCAGAUAUAUUUGUUUCUGUGUAAAAGCUUACUGGAGGUUGCAGAUGAGGUGAAGUCGUUGGCAAAAGUAGAACAGAUACUCAAGUACAGUAACAAUAAAUGGACAUUGGCAGAUUUAUCCAACUGGAUACCUGGAACUACACUAGAUAUGUGCUUGUUACAUCAAUUGCAAACACUUCAUGUGAUAAUAAAUCAUUUUGAGCCUGGUAAAAACACGGCAGUUAAGCGAUACCCUUAUAAAUUUAAGGUAUUCACGGAGUCUAUCAUUGGAGACGAUAUUGCUAGUCUACCCGAUGAGCUACAAGUUUGGAUGUGUCUAAUGGAUGACAUAAUUAUACGAUUGUUUCCGAUCACACCGGAAAACAUGCAAACGUUUGGCAGUUUGCUCCAUUCCUAUACGAAAUUUAUGUUGUCUGGCGAUUUCGGAAUGGCAACUUUGGAGUCGUAUCGUAUGAUCACUCAUAACACUGCGCGCUUUGUUGCUCAGACUUAUCAUCUCGCACGCGAUAAAAGCGUUCUUUUGAAACAGAUUGAUUUUAUGAGCAUGUCUAAUCUGGAGAACAGAAUGACUUACACUGAAUUUCGUGAUAUAAUUGAGGUGUUCACCGUUUAUUGGAAGACACGACAGGAUUUCAUGGCUAGCAUUUCCACGAAGCUGCCAGGAACCUACUUCGAGCCAGUUAUUGAAGAAAUUGAAGAAUUGUUACUGCAAUGUGUAACGUCUGCGUUGGAGAAAAAGGUGAACGCAAACGAUUUGAUAAAUCUGUUUCGGGCAUAUGAUGAGCUGAUGAUUGACAUGAUCGAUUUUUCCUUCGAUUGGUUCGUGAGACUGCAACAUGAUAAAAACUGCGAAAUUCUCACAAUGAGUCAAAUAAUUACGCUUGUUGACAACAAAUGGAAGGAUAAUGACCUGAAAUGCUACUAUGUAACAGACAAGAAUAAAUUUGUUCUGUUGCAUAAAAUACUGUGUGAAAACAACGAAGUGCCAAAACAUUACGUGGUUGAUAUUGUCAAAACCUUGCUCAAUUGUAUCAAUACUGUGGCUAAGGAAAAAAUAUGGAGCAACGAGGAUCAUUCACUCACCGACAAAGAACAACUAAGUGCCGUUGUUCUUUUGAUAUCAGCUGUUCGAAAUUCAUUGUUGUAUUUAAAAGAGCAACCAGAUUAUGUUUGUUUCGAGCGCUUCGGGCAAGAUAGUAUCAAACCAUUUUUGACAGUAAUAACCGAGAGUCCAUCCUUUUCCGAGUUCAACAAGAGAGUGCUACUCGUAAAAGAGGCUUUUUGGUACAUUAGAAACAUAAACGCAAUGGAUAUAGAUGCAGCUAUAGAAUGCUGUCGAUCGAUGAAUGACUCCUUUGGUUGUGAUUUGCUGAAGGCAACUUUUAUAAAAUACACACAACAAUACGAACAAUACAUGGCGAACUGCCCAGAAGAACAUGACCAUGCAGAUAGGAUUGAUUAUAUUGUGGAGGAUAUUGAAAGAGAUACUGAGUCAAAACUGACAGCUGAAUGGACAGUAGAAUUUAAGCAAAACAUCUUACCAAAAAUUCUCGCCGCAUUAGCAGCCAUCUGGUCUAUCGAGAACUCUAAAGAUGUUGCCAGCACGGGUCAAUAUCUCAAGCCGCACUGUAUUCAAAUUUUAUGCGUUAUGAGAUUACUAGGCGUCGAUGAUGAGAAAGCAGGUGUUUCAAAGCAUUUGGCUCAGGUCUUGACGGGCCAGGGUAAAUCGCUGAUUUUGGCAUUUACUGCCACAGUACUGGCUUUAUUCGGUCAUAAGGUCCAACUAAUGUGUUAUAGUGAUUAUUUGGUUAAUAGAGACAAGGAGGAUUUUGAAUUUUUAUUUGAGUAUUUUACUGUGAGCUCUUCGAUAUCCUAUAGAACGUUUCGAAGGGUUGCGAGUCUAAAAGUUAAUGAUAUGAGGGUAACCGCUGGUAACUACAUUAAAAAUUGCUUGGGAUUACCAUUGGAAGAAAUAACAGUGGACACUCCAAAUACGAAUAAUAAUGCAAGCUCAGUUCUACUGAUAGACGAAGUAGAUGUGUUUUUUACAAAUGCAUAUGGUGAAACAUACAAUCCUGUAGUACUUCUUGAUGUACCAGGGAUAGCUUUAAUACAGAUUAAAAUGUGGAAUAUGGUUGUUCAAGGAUAUAAUGAUUCUGUCGUUUUGCAUCGCCAAAUUAUGGAGUACGUCAACAAUUCAAGUCAUUGUGAACUUAAGAAACUUGUAGCGUUUACAAAAAGAUCGAAAAAGUACACAUUGCUAAAAUACAAUUCAAACUAUGAAUGUGAGAAGCAGCCAUACGACAAUGAACAGCUCUUUUCUGAGCAUCUAAAUUUAAUGAUAACAACUGCUAUCGACGUUAAAAAUAGUUUAGAUAAUGAUUUCCGUUUAAAUCACGAAGGUGCAAUAACUAUGAAAGACGAAAAUAGCAAAUAUGUGUGCAAUUGGAUUGACAAAUACUACAAUACAUUCUACUAUUUCAAAUUGAAACGCGAAAAUUUUCAGCAAUCCAUCGGCACAAUGAAAAACUAUGGCUAUUUGAUUUUGGAUUCUGGCUGCAUUUCAUAUGCCAAAAUGAUAGAAGAUUAUCCUCUUAUUUUGGGAGUCACUGGUACACUGACAACCUUAAACGAAUACGAACAAAAAGCGGUCCAGGAGCACUACGAAAUUCGAAAGUCAUCUGUAAUGCCGUCUUUCUUUGGUUGUCAUAACUUGAAAUUCAAUAGCACCUUAGACUUUAUGUGUCUGCCAAAUGAAUCAGAAUGGAUACAGGAAAUAUCCAUCCGAUCGCAAAAGAUGAUUGAUGCUAGAAGAUCAGUGAUCGUUUUUUUUGAAAAUGAUUGCUUAAUAAAUACGUUUGUACGUGCACGUGGUCACAUGUUUAAUCGCCUAAAUAUCUUAACUGUUGAAACACAUGAGGAGGAUAGAACACGCUACGUAAAUGACGCGGGAGUUUCAAAAACCUGUACUUUAGCAACGCGGGAAAUGGGACGAGGUGUAGACUACAAGUCAAGUGUUUCUGUUGAAAAAAAUGGAGGAAUUCACGUGAUUCAAACUUUCUAUUCAUUGGACGCAAAAGAAGAAACACAGAUAAAGGGUCGAACCGCCAGAAAGGAUAACCGUGGCAGUUAUGAACUUGUUGUUUGUCUAUCGGACUUGAAAAAAGCUGCUCUUGUUGAAGAUUAUGUAGAAUGUGCUAGGAUCAGUUAUUUCAAAGCAGAGGAAUCUAGAAAUAGUAUUGCAAACUCAACUGGAACAAGAAAGUUAGAGAAUGUUCAACAGGCAGAAGACCGCCAAAACAAAAUGAUUGAUUUUUAUAAAAAUAUUAAGGAUGGGUUUUAGAAUUCGGUCAUAAAAUCGCAACUUAACUUUUCGGAACAUAUUUUAUACUGAAGCCAUACUUAAUAAACUUGUUUAACGUUGUAUUAGUA